GCAGUGACGGGAGCUCCCUGUUGCUGGUGGGGGCGCGGCGUGGUUGUGAGCUUUGAGCGCCAGUUGGUGCGGAGCGGCUGAGAGGGACGAACUGGGCGGUUGUUGCCCCCACCCCCGGGUGGGUAUGUGACGCUGGGGAGCGCACACUGACUGAUUGAAGAGAUCGCGCCAGGCGGGGGAGGCAGCUAACGGGCAAACGGUCGCCCGGAGGUAGCGGGAUCCGGCGGCACGCUCGGCCCAGACAGUGAGAGAAGAGGCCGGCUGGCGGGCUGGACUGGGCCUGGACACGGAGCCCGGACGCACCGCAUCCUCUCCACCCCCCGCCCUUCAAUAGAGGCAGAUGAGCAGCUCCGGGAACCUGUGUAAGCAAUGGUCGGCGGUUGGAGGCAGCUGAACGCUCUCUGAAUGAUAGCCAUGUUAACGAGGAAAACAGCGGCCCCCGGACACUUGGCCACGGCCCAAUUUGGGGAUGUCUUAUAUGACUCAUACAUGCGUGUAGAUCAAGCUGAGAGCCAAGCCUUGUGUGUGGAGAAGGAAAGCCCCGUGGGAUUGCCAUCUCUUAAUAGCUUAACGAUUGGCAAGAGCACAAUGAGAGAUCAUCUGCCAGCUCCAUGUCGGACUCAAGUCAAGGUGCAACAUUUAUUUGAAGAUGCUGGAAACAGGCGGAAUAAUGCAACUGCGCAGUCUACUGUUGCUCGAACUUGUAAAACAGCACUCCCUUCACUUAAGGAAAAGAGCCCUGAUGGUACAGCAUCAUCUAAAUCAGAUGGCAUUUUGCCCAAGUCAAAAGCUGCCAUAUCACCAGCUCAAGCCAUGAAGAUGCACAUGCAUCAGUUGUCUUCCUAUGAGCAUCAGGAAAUAUUUAACUAUCCUGAAGUUUACUUUAUGGGCUUAAAUGCAAAAAAGCGACAAGGUGUUGUAGGUGGCUCAAACAACUGUGGUUAUGAUGAUGAUCAAGCGGCGUACAUACUUCUGCCUCAUGAUCAUAUAGCAUAUAGAUAUGAGAUACUUAAAGUUAUUGGAAAGGGAAGCUUUGGGCAGGUAGCUAAAGUGUAUGACCACAAAUCGCAGCAGCACCUGGCAUUGAAGAUAGUGCGAAAUGAAAAGCGGUUCCACCGGCAGGCUGUAGAGGAAAUCCGAAUUCUAGAGCACUUGAAAAAGCAAGACAAGAACUUGCAAAUGAAUAUUAUCCACAUGCUUGAAAAUUUCACAUUCCGCAACCACACCUGCAUGACCUUUGAACUGCUGAGCAUGAACCUGUAUGAGCUAAUCAAAAGAAACAAGUUCCAGGGAUUCAGCCUGCAGUUAGUACGGAAGUUUGCCCAUUCCAUCCUACAGUGCCUGGAAGCAUUGCAAAAAAAUCGAAUUAUUCAUUGUGAUUUGAAGCCAGAAAAUAUUUUACUGAAGCAGCAAGGCCGUAGUGGCAUCAAAGUGAUUGAUUUUGGGUCCAGCUGUUACGAACAUCAGCGCGUUUUCACAUACAUCCAGUCACGAUUUUAUCGAGCACCAGAGGUUAUCCUUGGCAUGCGUUAUGGGAUGCCCAUUGACAUGUGGAGCUUUGGUUGUAUCCUUGCUGAACUAUUGAUGGGAUACCCUCUCUUUCCUGGGGAAGAUGAAGGAGAUCAGUUGGCCUGUACGAUGGAACUUUUAGGGGUUCCACCUCAGAAAAUGUUGGAUCAGUGCAAAAGAGCCAAAAACUUCUUCAACUCCAAGAAUCAACCUCGUUAUUGCAGUAUCACCACACUCCCCGAUAACACUGUUGUUGUGAAUGGUGGUUGCUCUAAAAGAGGUAAGCUGCGAGGACCACCAGGUAGCAGGAGCUGGGUGACGGCAUUGAAGGGUUGCGAUGACUCGCUGUUCAUCAGCUUCCUAAAGAGGUGUUUGGAUUGGGAGCCAUCUAAUCGCAUAACACCCACCCAGGCUUUGAGACAUUCAUGGCUAGUUAAACGUUUAUCUAAACCACCAACUGUGGAGAAGACUACACCAGUUAAAUCUACACCAGAUAGCAAUAGUUCCUUGCCUGGAAUUGUUUCGAAGUUACCCCAAAAUCUUGGCACAGGCACCAAACUAAGGACCAAUUUGGUGCAGAUGGCUGAUUCAAAUGGAAAUAAUAUACCUCUACGUACUGUGCUUCCAAAAUUAGUUAGCUAAGGCUAUUGUGUGCUGCAAAUUAAACCGGAGAACGUGUCAAAUGCAAAAAAAGUUUCUUAUAUAGGUCUUUUUGCUGGUAAAUAUUUAACAGGUAUUUCCAAAUUAUGUAUUUCAAUUUGAAAGAAACUACCGUCAUUUCCAAUUUGCAUUAAAGUGCAUAAAAUUAUUCUUUAUCCAUCUGACCCACUCAAGACUAUUGUAAUUUUUAAUCUGAAUUAAAAUAUGAAUACCCCUAGUUUGAGAAUAAUAUGAAGUAAAUGUACUGUGGUUAAAUCUCACUUAAUAGUUUUAACUACCCUGGGAUGAGUGACUGAAUAUAAAAUAUUGUGCUCAAGACUUGUUUAUGUCAAGUCUCAUUUAAGUUCUUUUGGCCACGUUUGAUCUUAGUUAAGAUUUUCUUUAAAAAAUCCAUUGUUAUUCUUCUAAUACAGUUAAUUUUAUUAAUAAGGAUCCUAUAAGAUACCAAUAAGUUUCCCAUUCCUUUACCUCCGAAAUGUACCAGCAAGCUGAAUUUUACUUCAAUGAGACUUUGGUGGAAAUCAAGAAGACUUAACGUCCAGCCACUAACAAUCCUGUUCAUUCAGUGAUUGGGCUUAAAACAUUUCGUAAUUAAUUGCCACUGGAUGCCAAAUGGCCAAUUUUUUUUUUUUGUUGUGUUGUCAGUCACAAAAAAGGCUUGUGAGGUCAGAAAGCUCAUUUGUGGUUGGGUACUGCAAACCAGUUCUAUUUCAAUCUGUCACACACAAUAUCUAGCUACCAUCCUAAUCCAGGAAUGAACUGUCAGCUCCCCUCUAUGCUAUGCAACAGAAAUCUGUUAAUCACCUUUGUGAAAGAAAUCAAUGCCUUUUAUUCUUUUGGAUGACAGUUUAUUCUAUGUGUUGCUUCUGAUAAAUAUAUCUCUCUGAACUCUUCAGAUAGGGGCUUUCAAAAUUUAAAUACCUGUUCGUUGUCCUGUGUUCCUCACUUGGGUCCCAUCUCUCAUUCUGAACUUUAAAUGUCCUUGAAUGUAUAGCACUUUUGGACAAGAAACAAUUAAUUGGCAAAUUUGAGCAAGAUUUGUGGCAGCUGAAUUUCACCUAGCAUUCUCUCAUGAGGAAGGAAAUUUUAGGAUGGGACUUUGUAAUACACUGAGUUAUUUUGCAAUUUUUUUAUAAUCUCUAGGUGCCAUCUUGGAGAAAAAUUCAAAAAUUUGGCUUUGUAAAUGUGCUAUUGGGGAUUAAUAUCAGCGGUUGAGUAAGUAGACUAACAAAGUGGGAGUGCAGAUGAGGAACACACAUGUAGUAAAUGCUUUUCACGAUGCCAAAUAAGCACCAAGGCUUAACCAGAAUUCACUAUCGUUGCUAACUGAUUAGCGAUUUACAUUCAAAAUGAUAGCAGAGCAGAGUUUGUGGGUUAUGGAAUCUAAAGUGUUGCAGAAAUCAAUAAUAAUGCAGUGCCUUGAUUGCAUUACACAGGUGACAAUUCAUUGCCAGUAUAGCAGCCUGAUAUCUGUAGUGUUAAGGGCAAAUACAGCAACAUUUUCUUAAAGUCUACACAAAGGGAAAUAAUGCCAAGAAAUAUUGAGUGUAUUUUUGCUAUUACUUGAAAUAUUGGAAAUCUGCAACAAACAGUGCAAAAAGGAAUGUUUCACAUCAGCACUUUUGUGUUUCUACAUGUCAGUUUCUCGAGGAUAAUUGGGUGAAACCUUUAUACAGCCUGACUCUUCACCAAUUGUAGUUUGUAAAAUUCAGACACCUAAAAGAGGCCUGAAAUUGCCUGUCCACAAUGCACAGGUUAUUUUGGAGUGAAACCAUUCACUUCAGGUAUGAUCCAGAUGUCCUCCCCCCUGCAUUGGUAAAUUUUCAUAAAUGCUAUGAUAUGUCCUCCUCCAACUGACAUUUCCUAACUCAACCAUCAUCCCAUUGAAACAAUUUAAAAUGUUGAGACAAAACACAUUUUUAAACAAGAUUCACUAAAUCUUGAACAUCCAAAGUGCACAUUUAAGUACUGCUGUUUGAUUACUACAGUGGUUUACAGAGGUUUUAACUUUCCCAUUUGAUGGGUGUUUUUAAUCUUUAGAAUUGUACACUUUUCAGGUUUAGCUGAUUUAGUUUAUGAAAUGUUGCAAAAGUAAAAUUUUGAUAAUUGGUCAAAUGAAGACCCAAACUAUUUACUAUUAAUAAAUUGAACGAACACUU